AUGCAUACAUGCAUACAUGCUAUCAAUUCAAGAAGCUCUCUAUUUUUAAUAUGGAAUUGGGAAUGCAAGCCGUCGUCACCACAUUUUAACGGAUUCAUCUUCCUCCUCUUCACCGCAUGGUGGAUUGUUGGACUCGCUCUCCACCGCCAUGACAAGAACUGGAUCAAGCCGUUUCUGUUCUGGCUCGCCAUCUCGCUCCGAAUCAUCACCCUCUACGUCCCGCUCGCGCCGUUCGUCAUGAAGGUGCUCGCCUUCGCCUGGAACAACACUGCUGUCCGUAUUAAGGAUGUCGUUCCAGAGAAGAUGCGCACACCUGCUGCUGCUGUGCUCGUUGUCGCCGUCUUCCUGGUUGGCUCCUUUGCUUCCGACGAAAGCGCCGACAACACUCGCGCGAACCGCGCCGUCAGUUUGUUUGGUCUCGUCGUCUUUAUUGCUCUCCUGACCGCCACCUCUCGCAACUACAAGAAGAUUGUGUGGCACACAGUCAUUGUUGGUUUCUUGGUGCAAUUCAUCGUGGCUCUUUUUGUGCUCCGCACAAAGGCCGGUUACGACAUCUUUGCCUUCGUCUCUGAGCUUGCCCGCGAUUUGCUUGGUUUUGCUGGCCGCGGUGUGGCUUUCUUGACGGAGCAGAAUGUCGUCGACACCAUCCACUGGUUCUUGAUCUCCGUUCUCCCGGCCAUCAUCUUCUUCGUCGCCCUCGUUCAGCUUCUGUACUACUGGGGCACGCUGCAGUGGUUCAUUGGCAAGUUUGCCGUCUUCUUCUUCUGGAGCAUGCGUGUGUCCGGUGCCGAGGCUGUCGUUGCAUCUGCCUCGCCCUUUAUCGGGCAGGGUGAAUCUGCCAUGUUGAUCAAGCCGUUUGUCGCCCAUUUGACCAAGGGUGAACUGCACCAGGUCAUGACUUCCGGUUUCGCCACCAUCGCCGGAUCUGUCUUGGUCGCAUAUAUUUCAAUGGGCAUCAACCCGCAAGCCCUCAUCAGCUCCUGUGUCAUGUCCAUUCCCGCUUCGCUCGCCAUGUCCAAGCUUCGCUAUCCCGAAGAAGAGGAGACUCUCACAUCGGGCCGUGUAGUCAUUCCCGACGACGACGACCACAAGGCCGCCAACUCGCUCCACGCAUUCGCCAACGGCGCAUGGCUCGGUCUUAAGAUUGCUGGUAUGAUCCUGUCCACGCUACUCUGCAUUAUCGCGCUCGUCGGCCUCAUCGACGGCCUGCUCACCUGGUGGGGCCGCUACCUCGAUCUCCAGGGCGAAUACGACCUCACCCUCGAGCUUAUCCUCGGCUACGUAUGCUACCCAAUCGCCUUCCUGCUCGGCGUCUCGCGCGAGGGCGGCGACCUGCUCAACGUCGGCCGUCUGAUCGGCCAGAAGAUUGUCAUCAACGAAUUUGUCGCCUACACUGACCUGACCACCAACCCCCGCUACGCAAACCUGUCCCCUCGCUCGAACCUCAUCGCCACAUACGCCCUCUGUGGCUUCGGCAAUAUUGGCUCGCUUGGCACUCAGAUUGGCGUGCUCUCGCAACUCGCCCCUGGUCGCUCCGGCGAUGUCUCCCGCUUGGCUAUCUCGGCGCUGAUCACGGGUAUUCUGUCGACGCUGUCGAGUGCUGGUAUUGCGGGUAUGCUCGUCACCGAUCAGGCUGCGUUUACUACGCCUGGUGUGGCGGGCUAG